GCAGGCGUGACGUCAUCGCCGCGGGGCGGAGGCGACCGAGCCCGUGUGGCGGCUCCGCGUGCUGGCGGCCAGCUCCGGCCUCCCGGCUUGGAGGCAGCGGGGGUCCUGCCACACCGGCCGCUUUCCCGGAGUGGUCCGUUCCCAUCUGGCCCCUCCCGGAGAUGGCAGACGAUCUUGGAGACGAGUGGUGGGAGAAGCAGCCUGCGGGAGCAGCCAGCAGCCCAGUCCUGCAAGAAGCAUCAGAUGGUGAAGGAGGAGGAGACACAGAAAUGAUGCAGCAGGAGACCGCUCCAGUUCCUGCCCAGUCAAAGAAAACCAAACAGCCUAAAGAAUGUUUCUUGAUAAAACCAAAGGAAACAAAAGAAGAUGCUACCAAGACAAGGAGGAGAAGAAAGAAGAAAAUUACUGAUGUUCUUGCAAAAUCAGAGCCAAAACCGGGGACCCCUGAAGACCUGCAGAACUUGAUGAAGGACUAUUUCAGCAGCAGCCGCUCAGUGAUUGAAUUAGAAGAACUAAACCUACCAGACUCCUGUUUUCUCAAGGCCAAUGAUUUGACUCAUAGUCUUUCAUCAUACCUAAGAGAAAUCUGCCCUAAGUGGGUAAAACUUCGGAAAAACCAUAAUGAGAAGAAAUCGGUUCUGAUGCUGAUCAUCUGCAGCUCUGCUGUCCGGGCCUUGGAGCUCAUUAGGUCGAUGACAGCAUUCAGAGGAGACAGCAAAGUUAUGAAAUUAUUUGCAAAACACAUAAAGGUCCAGGAGCAGGUAAAGCUGCUGGAGAAGCGUGUUGUACACCUGGGUGUCGGAACACCAGGGAGGAUUAAAGAACUCAUUAAACAAGGUGGCCUUAAUUUGAACCCCUUAAAGUUCCUGGUUUUUGACUGGAACUGGAGAGAUCAGAAGUUGAGGAGGAUGAUGGACAUUCCCGAGAUAAGAAAGGAGGUUUUUGAACUUCUGGAAAUGGGAGUCCUCAGUCUGUGCAAAUCAGAAUCUUUGAAGCUGGGCCUUUUCUAAGUCUGGGUUCUAAUGAAAAUUUCAGCUUUUAUGCUAGGAUUUUCAUCUCAUUUAAUAGCUCUGGAAUAUUGCAAGGACUCAGUAAACAUCAGCUAUUGUUUUAUUAUGUUAACUGCAUCACCAGAUGAAUCACUAGAAAUUUUUGGUGGAGAUUCUUUGACAAAAAUAAAGCUGUCCUUCGCCAACUUCUCUGUAUAAUAAAGUAUCACCAGCCUGUAUAUGA